AUGUGUUUCGAAGAUACGUGCGGGUGCUGCUACAACCUGUGCAAGGCCCUCCUCUUGAUCCUCCUGUGGCCGUUCACCCUCAUCGUGUGCCUGCUGGGCGUCAUCAUCUUCAUCAUCCUGCUUCCGUUCUACAUCUGCAGCAAGUGCUGCUGCUGUCCUGGCUGCUGCCUGGUCAACUGCGUCGAAGAUCACAUCGUGAAGAAGAUGAUCAAGCUCCCGCUCCUGGUGUGCCUCACCAUCUGCGCGAGCUGCGGCUCGGCUGCCGACCGCACCCACGACAUCGUCAAAUAG